AGCCCGUUUGGAUUGGCUUAUAAGUUGGCUUAUAAGCUGUUUUUAGCUUUUUUGAGUGUUUGGCUGACCAGCUUAAAGUCAUUUUGUGUUUAAAAUAAGCUCAAAAAAAUAAUUGAGUCAAUUUGACUUAACUUAUCUAAAGCAGCUUAUAAGCUGAAAACAACUUAUAAGCCAAAAAAAAUAAGUUGGGCUACCCCAACUUAUUUUUUUUGACUUAUAAGCUGUUUUCAGCUUAAAGCCAUAAGCCCAUCCAAACAGGCUCUUAGUAUAAUCCACCACCUUCUUAAUGCACAAGACAAUUAAUUAAUUGUCUUAAAAUUUAAUAUCAUUUUGAGUGGACCUCUGUCGUUGACAUGACCUGACUCCGAUCUACAACUGUUUGACUUGGAAACAAUUAUGCAGAGAACCUCACAAUUUACACAAGCUGAUUUACCCUUUGAUUCACUCCCAACUUUUUUUACAUAUUCAUCUCCAGCUACAUGUCAAUGGAGCAACCUGUGAAACAAUCAUCUUCAACCCAUCAAGUGUUGUUGAGUUUUAGAGCACAAGACACUUGCAUGGCUUUCACUGACCACCUUUACAGUGCAUUAGUUCAAGCUGGCAUUCAAACACUGAAGGACACAACAAGAAUAGAGCAAGCAAUCCGAGAGUCCAAGGUUUCACUGAUUGUCUUAUCCCAAGGAUAUGCCUUGUCUCAAUCAUGUCUUGACCAGCUUGAUGUGAUUAUGAAGCAUAAGGAGAAAUUGUAUCGUACGGUUGUACCAGUGUUCUAUGAUGUGGAUCCUUCUGAUGUUAGGAAACAGAAGGGAAGGAUUGGGGAAGCAUUAGCUUUGCAUGAAAAAGACUUGAAACUAGAAAGCAGUGGAAGGGAAAGGGUUGAAAGAUGGAGGGAAGCACUUGCUAAAGUUGCUGACUUGGGGGGAAUGGUCUUACAGAAUCAAGAUGAUGGGCAUGAGUCGAAAUUUAUUCGAAAGAUUGUUAAUGUGGUCACAAAUAGAAUAAGUCGGACAGAAUUGUAUCUUGCACCUCACCUAAUUGGCAUAAAACGCCGGGUUGAACAUAUUAACUCGUGGCUGCAAGAUGGAUCAAUUAAUGUAGGCCUAUUGGUUGUCUGCGGGAUGGGUGGCAUAGGGAAGACCACCCUGGCCAAAUUCAUCUACAAUUCAAACUUUGAUGUUUUUGAAGGCAGCAGUUGUGUUCUUAACAUUAGAGAAGUUUCCGAGCAACCUAAUGGUUUAGUUAAGUUGCAGAAGCAAAUACUUUCUGACAUUCUAAAAAGAGAGAAGGAAAGAGUAUCAUGUGUUGAUGAAGGAAUUGUAAAGAUUUCGGAUGCCGUAAGUGCAAAAAGAGUCCUACUUGUUCUUGAUGAUCUGGAUGACUCUAAUCAAGUAAAUGCAGUUUUGGGGAUGAAAAGUUCAUUUUACCCAGGAAGUAAAAUAAUCAUCACAACCCGACAGGAGCGUAUUCUAACUCCUCGCCUAGUUGACAAGGUGUAUAGCGUUGAGACACUAAGCAGUAAUGAAUCCUUAGAGCUCUUCAGUUGGUAUGCCUUCGGAAAACCACAUCCUGUAGAGGGUUUUCUUAAGUAUUCAAAUGAAGUAGUGAAACGGUGUGGAGGAAUUCCACUUGCACUGAGAGUUUUGGGUUCUUCCCUGGCAGGACAAAAUCUUGAUGUAUGGCAAAGUACAAUAGAAAAGUUGAAAGUUGUUCCUAAUAAUCGGAUUAUUGAACUGCUCAAAAUCAGUUAUGAAUCUCUAGAAGAUGAUGAUAGGAUUCUAUUCCUUCAUAUAGCUUGUUUCUUUGUCUGGGAGGAUAAAGAUUUUGCUGUCAAAAUACUAGAUAAAUGUGAACUUUUCACUAUAGUGGGGAUCCAGAACCUUAUUGAUAGAGAUCUCUUGUCAGUACUUUCGGGUAAGCUCGUCAUGCAUCAACUGAUUCAAGAUAUGGGUAGAGAGAUUGUUCGCCAGCAGUCAUUUGAGGAGCCAGGGAGGCGUAGUAGACUGUGGCAUCAUAGAGAAUCUUUAUACGUAUUGAAAAACAAAACUGGUACAGAAACAAUUGAAGGCAUCAUUCUUGACAGAAAUAUGAUUAAAGAUCACGGGAAAAUCAGGAUAACAUCUAGUGAAAUUUAUGGCAAAAAACGCAAGCUGGAAGAAUUUCUGAAUAACUCUCAAAGAUGUCGACCGGAACAAAGUUGGAUGUCCAUUUUCUCAAGUCAUACCAUGGACGCCGUGGAAGUUCCAAAUGAAGAUUUGGUAACUGAUGCAUUCAUCCCAAUGCGCAAGCUAAGAUUUCUAUUACUUAGCAACAUACAACUUUCUGGAUGUUACAAGAAAUUUCCCAAGAAGUUAAGAUGGUUGUCUUGGCAUUGCCUCCAGUUAGAAUCCCUACCAAGUGACAUUCCAUUGGAAAGCCUUGUCGCAUUAGAUCUUCGAUACAGCAGCUUAAAACAGCUUUGGAAAGGACCAAAGUUACUCAGAUGUCUAAAGUUUCUCAAUCUCAGCCACUCUUAUCAGCUUAGAAGAUCACCUGAUUUUUCAGAACUUCCCAAUCUUGAACAAUUAAUCCUUGAAUACUGUACAAAUCUAACAGAGAUAGAUGACUCUAUCGGAUAUGUAGAGGGACUCACGCUGUUGAACCUUAAUGGUUGUACAAAGUUGAGGAGGAUUCCAGAAAGUGUUUGCAUGUUAAAGUUUCUGGAGACCCUUGAUAUUUCUGGUUGCUCUAAUCUUGAAUAUGCGGCCAUGGAUUUGCCAGGCGAGCUUUCUGACGGAAUCCGAACAAACCAAAUAAUAACUACCAAACAUGUCCGACCAUGGCAUACCAUCUUGUGGUCCUGGCUGAGGAAGGAGAAAAUAUGUUGUAGAAUUUCCCCAAUCAGUUUUCCAGCCUCACUAGUUACUUUGAGACUUUCUGACUGCAAUCUAGGUGAUAAUGCAUUUCUCCAUGUUGAUUGUAGCAUGCUCAACUUUCUGAAAGACUUGGAUUUGAGCGAAAAUCCAAUUUCCUGUCCCCCAGAGAGCAUCAUGCAUCUUAGCAGGCUUGAAAACCUUUCACUAAAUUCGUGUACAAGGCUAAAAUCAAUCAGUGAAAUUCCAAAUGGUGUCGAUAUAGUGGAUGCAACUGAUUGUAUAUCCUUGGAGAGAGUAUGUGGCCUACCUAGUUCAUGUGGCGUACUUUACCUAAAUUGUGCUAAUCUGGUUCAGAUGGAUCCUUAUUUCAAGUUAGAACCUCUUGAAAAUGUUAAUGAAGAAAUUUUCAGAUAUUUGAAUCUGUCAAACUUGGAACUGAUUAGAAAUGUUGCUUUUAGAUUAAGAUUCGACAUUGAGAAAUUGCAUUCAAAUGCAAAGGGAUUUCCAAAAUUCGUCCAAAAUGAUAUGGAUAAAAUACAACGUCUCCCACCUAAGAGGCUUCCAGCUCAGGGAUUUUACUGCAACGGCAUCUUCUCCACAUUCUUGUUGAGCGAACACAUGCCAAGUUGGUUUAACACUAAGUUAAGUGUGCCUUUCCAUACAUCAUUUACGGUAACUAAUCCUGAUAAUCAUCGAGUUCGUGGCUUAAGCUUUUGCUUGGUGUAUACAUGUUUGGAGAGUACGGAAAUUGUAAGUGAGGGAUUUUUACCGUGCAUUUCAAUCAAUAACUUGUCGCGAAGAAUGAAGUGGAGGCAAGAUCCUUUGUUCCUGGGUAUUCCUGAAGGUGAGGAGAGGAUGAUGUGGUUAAGUUAUUGGGAUAUUGGAGAUUCAUUGCAACCCGGUGAUAUUAUUGAGGUUUCAGCCAGUGUGGGAUAUGAUAAAAAACGUUUCAGUAUCAAGGAGGUUGGGAUGAGAACUAUAUUCCUGGAUGAACAACAAGACUGGAAUAAAGAAUCAGCUUUUGAAGUUGAAGAGUUUCCAAGGCUGUGUCAUCAGAAUUUGCUCCUUGCCAGAGUCUUCCCAAAAUGAUGCGAAAGUUGACAUUUAUUGCAGAUCGAACUUGAACAAUACCCAUCAGAGUGAAUCUGGAAAAUUCUGGGGGGAAAAGUCACGAAAUGAUGUUCAGAACUUUAAAGAGUUUUAAUGGUGGCACUGUAAUAAUUACAAAUUAAAAUAGUUCUUUUACUCUGGAAUGUGUUCUUGGUGGAAUUGGAUCAGUUGUUGGCUCUCAAGCCUUGGAAAUUCAUUCAGAAUGCUGAUAUGUUGCCGUAGGACGAUGGAUUGGUCACUGAUGAAGUGUUGAAUAUGAGGGGAAACUCAAAAAGAAAUUCAGAGUUUCUUCUGAGAUUUACUGAAGCUAAGAGCGAUUGUUGUGAGACACAGUGAGAGUAUAGACAGAGAUGGAUUUUCUGCAACAGCGAGGGAUCAGGUGAGCUCGUUCCAAUUGAGUCAUUGGGUUAGCAGCAGCUAGUGCAGGGAAAGCCAUUGAGUCAUCAUGCUGUUGACUGUCACAAAUAGUUAAGAUUCCUCACAGACUACUCAAAGAAAGGAGGAAAACACCCUCUUUUUGCUGCCGAACCAGAUUCGACUUCAGUUUAUAUGGCCUUUCAACUUCUGUCUAAGUGCUGAUCCAUUAUACACCAGUUGCCAUUGAGCUGAGAUAUCUUGCUGAUGAAAUGAACUGUUGUUACCAAUGACGACAAGAUGCUUGCACUUUCAAUUCUAUUGCAGAGACCACAAUGUGCUCGAGGCUGAAAGUCGUCAUACAAGGCAGUGAUUUAGGGAGUCUAUGCUCAGGAAUGGAGCUACAUGGUCCAAAGGGGAUUCUUCAAUGGAAUACCAUUUGUCUUAGAUUUAUACUGUCCUCAAGUACACUAAAUCUUUUGCAUAUAAGUUCAUGGGAUGAUGCACUUGUUCAAAUACCUGCAUAUGUAAUGUUGAGCUUUCUGUUGAAGGGCCUCAUGGCCAUUAGUCCACUAUUUAAAGUAUGUGACAGGUGGCAUAUGAGUUUUCCAUUUCAUAGCUAUAUUGAACAAUAUUCUCCAACUGAUUAAUGAUAGCAAGCCAUGUCUGCCUAUAA